ACGGGGGAGCGGGGGGCUCGUCAGGUCCAGGGGCCCGAAACAAGCAGCCGCGGACUCUGAGAAGCCAGCAGCUCGGGCCUCGGUAGCAGCGGCCUCGCCGGCCGGAGCGGGGGGGUGGGGCGCCGAGCGCGCGGGGAGGGGGGUCCUGGUCCUCGGCUCCUGGACUCGGUCGUGCCUCGACAGCGAACAUGUCUCGGCCUGUCAGAAAUAGGAAGGUCGUUGAUUACUCACAGUUUCAGGAAUCAGAUGAUGCAGAUGAAGAUUAUGGAAGAGAUUCAGGCCCUCCUGCUAAGAAAAUUCGGUCAUCUCCCCGAGAAGCUAAAAAUAAGAGGCGAUCUGGAAAGAAUUCACAGGAAGACAGUGAAGACUCAGAAGAAAAAGAUGUGAAGACUAAGAAGGAUGAUUCUCACUCAGCAGAUGACAGUGAAGAUGAAAAAGAUGAUCAUAAGAAUGUUCGCCAGCAACGACAGGCAGCGUCUAAAGCGGCUUCUAAACAGAGAGAGAUGCUCCUGGAAGAUGUUGGCAGUGAGGAAGAGCCAGAAGAAGAUGAUGAGGCACCAUUCCAGGAGAAAGAUUCUGGCAGCGAUGAAGAUUUCCUAAUGGAAGACGAUGAUGAUAGUGAUUAUGGCAGUUCAAAAAAGAAAAACAAAAAGAUGGUUAAGAAGUCCAAACCUGAGAGAAAAGAAAAGAAAAUGCCCAAACCCAGACUAAAGGCUACAGUGACGCCCAGUCCAGUGAAAGGAAAAGGAAAAGUGGGUCGUCCCACGGCUUCAAAGGCAUCAAAGGAAAAAACUCCUUCUCCCAAAGAAGAGGAUGAGGAAGCAGAAAGCCCUCCAGAAAAGAAGACCUCUGCAAGCCCUCCACUUGAGAAGUCUGGAGAUGAAGGGUCUGAAGAGGAAGCCCCAUCUGGGGAAGAUUAAAAGUGAUGUUUGGGGAGAGAUUUUAUUAAAAACACGAAAGGAAACCUACAUAGGACACGGUUUGGGCUGUGGCUUGACUCAUGGGCUUUCAGUGCUGUUUCAUUUGUCUGAAAGAAUAUUCUCUCUCUCUUUCUCUCACUCUCAGAACCAUUGUAUGUUAGAAUGUUUAAGUUGCCACUUUGUCUGGUGGUCUUAUUUCUUUGCCAACCCUCCCUCCCCCUCCCAAUGAAAGCCAUGUCAAUUAAUCACUGGGUUGACUGCUGUCUUGUAUUUUUAAUGGAAGUUAGGAAUCCCACGGCUGUAAAGCAAUAAGAUUUGAGAUGGGCGCUAUGGAAACUGCUUUUUGUUAAACAAUAGCAACUUGAACAGUAAUCAGAAAAACUAGAAAGGUUUUAGUUGAAAAUUAUUGUUCUUUUUCCUGUACUUUUGACAGACCAGUUGUCAUUUAACAUGAGCUUAUAUGUCUAAAGUGUAAAUGUCAAAAAGAAUCGUGACUCUAAACUUAGGCUGAUGAGGCAGUUGGAGAAGAACAUGAAUUCUGGUUGUUAACUCCGAGUGCUCACAUUAUCCUCUGGGUGUGGAGGGAAUGGACUUCCUGGAGCUUGUCUACAAAUGUGGGCUUUCUUAUUUUAUACUUGUUAUUCUCAGAGACUCAAAGCCAGUGGUCCUUUGUCCCAAUAACAGUCUUAAAAAAAAAAAAAAAUGGGCUACCAGAACCCAGAAUCUUCAUUAAUUUCAUAUUUCAUUCAUGUUUUCAUCUAUUCAUGUUUUUAAAAUAUAUAUUAUAUAUAUCCUGUUUUUUUGGAUAGAAUUUUACCAAUGAUCAAAAAGUGAAAAAGAUUCUCUAGAAUUUUGAUGACAAGGUGAGUGUACACCUCACAGUGCAUUUCUUUACAGGCUGAUGAUAGUUUUAAGCAAAUAAAGUUUGAGUUAAUAUGAAGCUCAGAUAUAAAGGUUUGAGAUUUAUCCUUUAUGAAUACAGAUAAUUGAAAUUCUUUUAUACUAUAAAUGUUUUCAAGGGCCCAUGAACCAUGCCAGUUUUAUUUGGGGAUAGAAACAAUUCCCUUCUUCAUAGUAACAUACUAUGAUAUACAUCUCACAACUUUGUCCUGCUACUUACAUUCUCAGUUCCCCCAUGGAAUAUUAUUUUCAUUUACUGGCAGCACGGGAGUAUGUUAAAUGCUGCUUCCAUACUUUGGAAUUGUGUUGCUUCUUAGUUGUUCUGAGCCCCUCCUUUCUGUUCAUGUUUCUUAAAGCAAGAGCCUGAGCCUCAACAGGAUUAGUGAACUAUUUGAGGGUGCCUUUGUGCCAUUGAUAACAGUCUAGACACCUUAGCAGAGCAUCAGGACAUAGAGCUAUAGGUUUGAUCCUCCACAUUCAGAUCCUAUGUACCAAUAGAAGCGAAGUUUAGGGGUCCUAUUAUGCUACUAAAAGAUUUAGUGGAAUUAAUUUCUGUAUAUUUUUAUGCACUUAAGCUAAAUUUGCUCCCUCAGUAUUCUGCUUUUGUGUUUUUUAAGUGACAUGUUUGUCUCAGACAAUGUCAUUUUCUUAUAGGUGUUCAUAGGACAAAGGGUUAUUUAAGAAAUAUUUUUACUCAAGUUUUUAAGACACUUUAAAGAACAUUCUUAGAUCUGCUUUAAAAUAAAUAAAAUAAAUAAAUAAAACACCUAGUGGUAGAGAGUCAUUUCAACCCUGCACUGUUAAUGAAUGAGUAUUAAAUAUGGCCAAAACUAGAAACUUGAACAUAAGUGGUUGGAUUAUUGUAUUAUGGAAUGGAAGUGUAGUUGUGAGCUGUGUAGUGGGGUAUUGCAGAUUAUCUGUUUGCUUUAGUGGGCUUGCUCAGGUACCCGUCCUUAAGCAAAGAGGAGACUCACCAUUGUUUCCACCAGGCAUCUCUCCCUUUUAGGGGUUUACAACUCAGUCUUACAUUCCUAGUGACAUUUGGGCUUUUCUUAGGUUAUGCUUCAUGAAAAUUUGUGGGUAGGGUGUCUUUCAACUUUAGCCUCAGUUUUUUAAAGUCUCUUUAAUAUAUUAAUCUGCACUAACCUCUGAUUUUUAUCUACCUAUAAUUGAGAAAUAAUACUGUCUUGAAGGUUACUUGUGUCUGAUUGGGCUUCUUGUUUAGAGGCCCUUUUAAAACUAAUUCAUUAGCUUGAAAAGUAUAUUUUCUAAUCACAGGCUGGUUAGAUUGAUUGGUGUCUCGAGUGAGCACACGGGCUCUGAAUGGAUGACCUUUGCUUUCACUUCAUUGUCCGUAACACUGUCCUCCUUCAAAUCAUGCAUGCAAAUAGGAAGACAUUUAAUGUGACUCAACUGGAAACAGGUGCUUAGCAGUUAGGUCAAAUAACGACAGCAGAUAGGUCACAGCUGUAGGCUCUUAAUGAUGGCUGGCGCUGGGCACCUCCGUGGCUUACUUACUGUCGGCCUUUUUUUCCCCGUGUGCCUAUAGUGAGGUGGUAAUCAUUCACUGUCUUGCUUUGCAGUGCUCAGGAAAUGGGGUGUUCAUUUGAAGGUGCUUGUCUGUUACCUAAUCUCUGCUAGGUUUACCUCUAACAGAUUGCAGCAGCUCUGCUAGCUAACACUACAUUCAAGUUCUCAAGGCUCUUUUUAAAGCCUUUCUCUCCCCCAUCCAGAAAUGGAAGCCUCUGGCUCCCCUAGUGGUAACUUAACUGCUGCUUUUAACCCUCCACCUCAGAAGGAUAUAUUUUAAAUACCUCCCACUCAGAAUUAACCUUACAAGGAAAAAAAUAAUAGUAGGAUGUUUCUUCUAGAAUGGUUAAGAGAAUCAAUCCCCCACCAAACACCUUUUCUUUAAGAAGUAAAACAAAAUACAGCAUUUUGUGUACCCUAGGCUGCCUCAUUUAAACUCCUGUUUGUUUUUUUGUUGUUGUUUUU